AUGGGGUCAUACCAACCCGAGGGUACGCAAAGCUCUAGCACUUCCGAGUGCUUGCUAGAGGUACCCUUCGAGGUCUACACAGACUCGCCCGAUAGCGAUGUGAACAAGGCCCCGCGAGUCCAGGCUGUUCCCCGCGCGGCGGGGCCGCCCAACUGGCGCCAGAGGCUGACAUCCUACGUUCCUUUCGCUUCACGCGAGGACGCCCUGCCAUUGCUAUCGGAGAAUAACCAGAGAUCACGCUGUUGUUCGCGAUCCAGUCGCUCGCGGUUCUCGCGCGGUCUGGUGCGCACGCUACUCGUGUUCUUCGUCAUGCUGGGAAUUAUACAGUUCAUCUCACUGGCCUGCGGCAUCGUGCUCUCGUUCUUCCCGGAUGAGUAUGAUCGCGCGGCUCACGUCUGGUCGCAAGGUGAUUCCAACCUGGAGGAUAUCACCCACUGGCCCACCGACACAUCGCGCGAUAUCAUCCCCAAAGGCUGCCACUCACACAACGACUACUGGCGCCGCGUGCCUCUGUUCUCCGCGCUGCAGGCCGGGUGUAUAGGCGUCGAAGCAGAUGUUUGGCUUUUUGAUGAAGAGCUAUACGUCGGCCAUACCAGGUCCGCCUUGACAUCUCGCCGCACUCUGCGGUCAAUGUACGUCGACCCGCUGGUGAAAAUCCUCGAGCGCCAAAAUCCCAUUACGCCAUUCCACCGCGCGAUUGACCAUCCUCCGCAUGGAGUGUGGGAUACAGAUCCUGACCAGAGCGUGAUCCUGCUUAUCGAUUUCAAGACCGAUGGCGCCGCUACUUACCCUGCCGUGGUAAAACAGCUGGCUCCGCUGCGCGAGCGAGGCUAUCUGACCUAUUUCAAUGGGCGCGAGGUUAUUCCAGGCCCCGUCACCGUUGUCGGGACGGGGAACGCGCCAUUCGAUCUUAUAUCCGCCAACUCGACGUACCGGGACAUCUUCUUUGACGCGCCGCUCGACAAGCUCGUCGACGACAGCCUCGGGGACCAAUACGUCUCCACCACGCGGUCAAGAGAUCUAGACCAAGGCCAAGGCAAUUCCGGCAUGCCGGAGACUAUCAACUCGCACACCUUUAAUCUAACGAAUAGCUACUACGCCUCCGUCUCCUUCAAGAAAGCCAUCGGUUUCCCCUGGCCAUUCCAUUUCUCGCAACACCAAAUGGAACUCAUCCGGGCGCAGGUCCGCGUUGCGCACCACCAUGGACUGAAAGUGCGCUAUUGGGGUCUACCGAGCUGGCCGCGUAGUCUGCGGAACCAUAUUUGGAGAAUCUUAGCCCAGGAGGGAAUUGACAUGCUCAAUGUGGAUGAUUUGCUCGCCGCCACUAAGGGGGAGUGGAGGAUCCAGAUCUUCGAUUGGUGGAUCUAG